AUGACGAUUGUCAUUUUUACAGAUGUUUACGAAACGGAUGGACCGGUCAUCGUUCCAUCUAAAAAGGAAAUAAUCUUGCAAAAGGGUCAAAAUUUCACUUUAAUAUGCAAAGGGAACAACGAGUUGCAAAUAAAACAGCAAGAGAUACCGGAGGAGAUUGUCGAUUCGCUCUUUAAUAAAACGCAAACAACGGUAGCUUCGUCGGAUCCUAGAUAUAAAUAUCAAACUGAAUUGAGCCUGUAUAACGUCGAUCAAUUCGCAAUCGGUUACUACGCAUGUUUUGAUAACUCUGCAAAUGGCGACGAUCUGUUAAACAAUCUAAUGGAGGAACCGGACGAUACCGAACACGUCACUUACUUCUAUAUCUACGUUAACGGAACGAAUACCUUGUUUGCACCCAUGAGGGAGGUCGUAAAGGCCAGAAGCGGGUCAAAGGUCGUAAUUGAAUGUAGACCUACGACACCGGACAUAAAAGUUACACUCACGGGGAGUAACAAGACACGAGAAUUUAUAAAGUUCUCACCAAAGAUUGGAUUUUUAGUCAGAGCGAUUAGGGUCGCUUACAAAUGCGAGGGGCUCUACGGAAGAGAAAAUACCACGAAAACAAUACGUAUCUAUUCAAAUAUACCACCACCCGAUCCGAAAAUAGUUGGUGGAUCGGAAUAUUUUCUAAGUGGUGAUAUAUUUUCGCUCAACUGUACAGUCAAGUACCAAAGUAAUUCCGCUUUGGCGUUAAACUGGAAGAUUCCGAACAACGGGUCCAAGGUGAUAAACAAGACGAAUGAGAAUGAGACAACUGGUGGAAUUUUGUUCAAUAACAUCACGAUAAUUAAUGCAACUUCUAAAGACGCCGGAGAGUAUACGUGCAUAUCGAAAAAUAGCUACGGACACAGCGCCGCCUCUUUUGAAAAGAAACAUUUAGCCAGCGGUUUUAUAAAUUUGCGAAAAGGAGGCAAAGGCAAUCCAAUCGAAACGAGUCAAAGGCUGAUGCGGCUUGUAUCCUAUAUAGAAGAUUAUCCACCGGCGAAUAUUGCGUUCUUUCGCGAUGACAAAGAAAUCUCUCCGACUAGCAAGUACGACGUACGUAGGUCGGACACGGGUACCGUCACUUUGACGAUUAGGAAUCUGACGGUGGAGGAUACGGCUAAUUAUACCCUCGUCGCGACCAAUAAGUAUACAGCGAGAAACGUCACGUUUGAUUUACGUGUCAAAGCAUCACCGAUUAUUGAUUUUGGACCGGACGUUGAUAGGAAGUAUUUAGAGAAUACAGUUGCGAAUCUACAGUGCAAGGCAACUGGUUACCCGCCACCGACCAUUGAAUGGAUAUUCACAAACGAAAAAGGCGAAGAACAAACAUUGGUGUCCUACAACAAUGUGGCAACCGUGAAGACGACCACGUCCUACCUGCCGAUACCGGUGCACGUGUCGGGAAUAAUCACUUGCAAAGCGUCGAACGCGGUCGGCUCCAAUUCGGAGUCCAGAAGGUUCCUUGUGCACGAAAUGCGCGGCGGUUUCGGAAUAAAGCGGAGCAACGUCACGUGGUUCCAUGAGCGUCAGAACAUCGUCCUGACGUGUGUCGCCUCGAAGUACGACUUCGCAAACUUGACGUGGGCGGGGACUGACGACGAGGAGUUGCUGGAUUCCGUGGAAUUUUCUGAGAGCCCGUUCUCGUACAUUGCGGAGCUAAAAAUGGACAACAUAGUGCAACAACAGGCCGGAAACUACACUUGUUACGCUGUGAAAUUCGACGGUUCUAUAGAAAGUCAAUCUAUCUCCAUCACUGUAGCAGCCAUCCGACCGCCCGUUAUCACUGAACCUGUUAAGGAAAAAAACGAAGAGGUUUAUCCAUAUCAGCCGCUACAACUCACCUGUCAAGCGGAAGCUGUUCCCCGGCCUCGCAUCGAAUGGUUCAAGGAUGGAUUUCUUUUAGUGAACGAAUCGAACGCCGAAAUCUUAACGGAGCCUUUGGAGCACACUAAGGUGAAUUCGACCGUCUUGAUAAAGCAGAUGCUGGAAGAGAACAAAGGCAAAUACGAGUGUGUGGCCAUCAGCAAUGGCGAGAUCAGGAGGGAAUUCUUCAAUAUCGCUCUAAAAGAGAAGUCCACCAACAAGGCGGCGUAUCUGAGCGUCAUCGGCGGCAUAGUUUUCGUUCUGCUGCUGCUGAUUGUUUACCUUGCGUGGAAGAUACGGAAGGAGAAGCAGUUCAGGAAGGAGCUCGCUGCGGCCGGUCUUCUCUACUUCAAAGAGGGCGUCGCGAAGUCGCUCAAUCCGGAACUGGGUAUCGACGAGCAAGCAGAGUUGUUGCCGUACGAUGAAAGAUUCGAAUUUCCCCCGGAGAAGCUUGUCUUGGGGAAACAACUGGGUGCCGGCGCUUUCGGCGUGGUGUACAAGGCUGACGCCAGGGGCAUAAUAAACGCCGAAGAGACGACCCAGGUGGCGGUCAAGAUGGUGAAGAAGACGGCUGACAACAUGUACAUAAAGGCGCUGGCGACGGAGCUGAAGAUAAUGGUGCAUUUGGGGAAGCACGUCAACAUCGUGAACCUACUCGGCGCCUGCACCAAGAACGUCGGGAAACGCGAAUUGAUUGUCAUCGUGGAGUACUGCAAGUUUGGCAACAUCCACAACUACCUGCAGAAGCAUCGCGAGGUAUUCAUAGACCAGCUCACAGACAACAAGGAGAAGAAUCUCGGCAAAGUAAACAAAGGCUUCUUGAACAGCAGCGGGAGUAGUGCGAUGCAUUCAGACUACUUCAGCUCAAAUCAUACACAGGAGACCGAUCACACUUUCCUCAACACGGGGAACACAAAUAGAUCGGGAAGGAAAGUGUCGGAGACGGGCUAUGUCCAACCCGAGUGGCGAUCAAACUACGAGAACGACUACAGCGAUGGGCGAGCGCCAAGGCCGCUCUUCUCCAGGGAUCUCCUGGCGUGGGCCUUCCAAAUCGCCCGGGGGAUGGAGUACCUCGCCAGCAGAAAGGUCCUGCACGGAGACUUGGCUGCGAGGAACGUGCUGCUGGCAGAGGACAACAUAGUGAAAAUAUGUGACUUCGGGCUGGCGAGGAGUAUUUACAAGAACGACGAGUAUCAAAAGAAGGAAAAUAGCCCGCUGCCGGUGAAAUGGCUGGCGAUAGAGUGCAUGACGGAUCGGAUAUUCUCGACGCAGUCGGACGUGUGGUCGUUCGGCAUCGUGCUGUGGGAGCUGUUCUCGCUGGCGAAGACCCCCUACCCGAACGUCAGCCCGCCGAGUCUACUGCAGUGGCUCUCCGAGGGGCACCGACUAGAGAAGCCCACGUAUGCGGAUGACCGGCUUUACGACGUAAUGCUCCGUUGCUGGGCGCAGAAGCCCACUGCACGUCCCUCAUUCACCCAGCUCCAGGAGAUACUCGGCGAAUUCCUCGAGGACAACGUUCGGAACCACUACGUCGACCUUAACUCCGCGUACGUCGACAUGAACGUCAAGGCCGAAGGACAAGAGGACUAUUUGGCGAUGGUGUGCGCGCCGGAUUACAACAAUUUGGUCACGCCGAGCCCCCACAUCUACGUGAACGACACGAGAAGCUUCUUCCCGCCCACACCCACGCAAUUGCAGCACGACGACGAGGGCUACCUGCAGAUGAGCCCGGCCCACCAGGGCGCGUUCAGCCCGCGCGGCGCCAAGUUCGACUUCGACGAGGGCGGCCACGAGCUGACGCCCAUGCUGACGCUGGGCAGCCUGCCCGCGGGCGGCUCCGAGUCGGACCACGACUCGCCCUACCUCAACAUGUGCCCCCGCAUAGAGGAGGCGGACGAGGUCUUCGAGAGCGACGAGAAGACCACGAGCGGAGCCCAGAAGACCGCGCGGAACGGCGCCGUCACCAACCCCACUUACAUAACGUUCGACGUGGACGGGAAAUCCCCGAGCUACGCGAACGUCGCCCUACCCAACGGUCUAGUCAAA